UGUCAGCAGCCCACGACAUGGAUAGCAAAGGAAAUCAAAAUGGAAAAAUAUGAAAUAAAUAAAGACAGGAGUGACCACACAAGAACAAUAGUAUUACCAGCAUCACUAGAGAGAUGGAAAUGGCAGGAGCAGAAGAAUCCAAAGCUCACCACAAUCAAAUAAACGACGUCCACCACUCUCGAAAGCCAAAAUCAAAAACAAGACCAAUCUGCAUAUGCCUCGCAUUAACAGGCCUAAUCCUCCUCUUAAUAAUCAUAAUCAUAGUCAUCCUAGCCUUCACAGUUUUCAAACCCAAGCGUCCCACAACUACCAUAAACUCACUAACUCUCCAAGCUUUCAACUUCAAACUAAACCCUCUCCCUCUGGAGAUCCACCUCAACGUCACUCUCGACGUAAACAUCCUCGUCAAGAACCCCAACAAAGUGGCCUUCAGGUACACCAACACGUCCGCGUCUCUUAAGUUCAAAGACCAGGUCAUUGGAAAUGUUCCCAUUCCGCCUGGCAAGAUAAAGCGCGAUGGCUCCACUCCUCUGAACCUCACGCUCACCGUAAUGGCUGAUCGGCUGCUCGCUGAUCCUGAUUUGUACUCGGUGCUGCUCGGAUCAGGGAGCCUGCCGCUGUCCACGAGUACAAGAAUCAAAGGGAGGGUGAGGAUACUGAAGCUGUUUAAUGUACAUGUUGUGUCGGAUAGCGCGUGUGAUCUUAAGAUUAGUGUUCAGAGCAGGAGCAUUGAGCAGCAGACAUGUCAGUACAAAACCAAAGUAUAGUUUACUCCUAUUAGUAUUUCUUGUUUCCUUUGCUUUAGAUGUUUUAUCUCUGUUACAUACUUUGAAACUCAUGUUGUUAUAUUUUUGUUGUUCCUUGAUUCGUUAAUAGUGCCAUAUUUUUUGUUUGUGUA